AUAACUGAUAACAAGGACACCUACAGAAUCAAAAUGAUGACAGAAGGAACAUUGAGUUUUCUACUAUUUCUAGUGAUGUGUAUGGUCACAGAAAGUAUCUCGACAGAAGGAAAGAAAGAAUGCAGAGAACGAAUCAUUCAUAAUCAGAACGUUCUUAACUGCAGUCAUCGAAGCCUGUCGUAUAUUCCAAAGACUGAAAAACACGUUAUGGAUUUGAUUUUUAAUUUCAAUGAUUUAAGAAACAUCUCAUCUGAAACAUUUGGAAAUAUAAGUGAUCCGGACAGCCUGAUUAGUCUCGAACUGGAUCAUAACAAUAUUCAGAACGUUUCCCGAAGGGCCCUUGAUAAGUUUCAAAAUUUGAAAAACUUGCAUCUGUCACACAAUCCAAUAUACUACGUAAAUAUGAAAAAUAUGUUAGGUGAUUUGUCUAACUUGAAAUUUCUUUCUAAGCUUGUUAUGAAUGAAAUCAGCACCAUAACGAUUCAAAAAGAUUUGUUUUCCCUGAUGAAAACGAAUCAGAUAAAAACACUAGAAAUUUCACAUUACAACAUGAAAACACUCUCAAUGGACUUCAUCGAGAAUUUUAACAGUUUGACAGCUUUGUAUUUAAAUAGUAAUCAGAUUGAGAAUAUAAAACUUUCUUUAAGUAAGCAUUUAAAACAUUUAUAUCUUAACUACAAUAAGCUUAAGUCAUUCCCAGACUUUUCAAUCUGUGGAACUGAAAAGGAUUGCUACUUCCCUAACCUUGAGAAUCUCACUGUUCAAGGUAACGAUAUAACAGAAAUUGGUUUCGACAAUUUUAAAUGUUUAAUGAAGUUAAAAACACUAGAAUUUGGUCGAAACCCGAUAAAAAUAUUACCAAACAACCUAUUGUCAAAAUUACCAAACCUUGAAAUACUGCAGCUUAGAUUUUUACGCGCAAACUAUCUGACAGUCGAGCGAUUAGCAUUCAAAUCAACAUCACUUAAAAUGUUACAUAUUGAAUAUACUAGACCUGCGACAGAAGUGUUUGAAUCUUUCACUGACACAUUUAGAUUUUUGCCAAAUUUGAAAAGUUUACGUUUGGGGUCUAUGAGCAUGCUUCUAUUAACUAACCAGCAAUUCUCAACAUUAUUGUCUCCACUUGCUAACAUCAGUUCGUUUAAGUGUUUUAAAUGUCUGAUUUCGCAGGAUCCAAAAGUCAUCUUGAUUCAUAUGAGAAAUGUGAUCAAAUUCGAUCUUUCGUCGAAUCGAAUAACAACAUUAAGUGAUGAAACAUUUAAGAACUACAAGCAUUUGAGGUAUCUCAGUUUAAGGUAUAAUGCAAUCGCAGUUAUACAAGAGUCGGCCCUACCAAUGUCACUUCUGAAUAAUUUACAUUCACUAGACCUGAGUCAAAAUCCUUUUGUAUGUGACUGUAAUCUGGAAUGGCUAAUCAAAUGGAUGAGAACAAUGCAUAGUAAGGAAAAGAGAAUUAUCACAAGAUAUCCACAGGAAUACGUUUGUUCACUUCCAGUCGAAAAGUCUAAAUUACGACUGUCUGAUAUAUCUUUCACGUACAAAGAAUGUCACCCAUGGAGUCCAUGGAUAUGGGUCGCUAUUAUUGCCUCUCCUUGUGUUAUUGUUAUAGGUAUUACCGUACUUAUACUUUAUAGAAACAGAUGGAAUAUUAAACAUUACAUCUUUUUGUUAAGAAAGAGGAGGAAUUAUCAGAACAUCAAUGGACAUAACUUUGUGUAUGAUGCUUUUGUUGGAUACGAGGCCGAGGAUUCGGCUUGGGUACGUCGCAGACUGCUACCUGUCCUUGAAGAAGAAGAAGGCUUAAAAUUAUGUAUUCAUGAAAGGGACUUUCAACCGGGUGCUUUUAUAAAUGACAACAUUGUUACCAAUAUAGACAAAAGUGAAAAGAUCAUUCUUGUUCUAACCAAUGGAUUUGCGCGUAGUGAAUGGUGUAUGUUUGAACUGAAAGUUUCACAUUCUAAACUAAUCAAAGAUGAAACGGAACUAGUAGUCAUUCUUUUAGAGAAUAUUGAUGGAAGAAAUAUGAAUCACUCCUUAAAAGUUUUGUUUGAUACGACGACGUAUAUAGAAUGGACAGAGGAUGUUGCUGGUCAGCAACUGUUCUGGGUAAAACUCAAAAACGUUUUGAAAAAGUAAACACAGGCGAACGAUAACUUACCUUAUAUAUAUGCUUUUAGAAAUAUUCAGCUUUAUAGAUUUCCUCGAAAAUAUCAAAUGGUAUUCAGCUUCCUUAACAAAUCACGUAUUCUUGAAUUUUUUUCAUUAGUAGUUAAACUACUCUUUUUCAGUCGAAAUUUGUCAAAUAUCAUUAAGUGACAGAAAUUGUACUGUUAUUGAUCUUAAGAUGUUUACAGACAUAUCGGAAGCUGACUAGUAACUCUUUAAAACACAUAUUUACAAAACAAACAUGUAAAGUUAAAAUAUGCUCGUUUUGCAAGUGUGCCGUUUAGGUCAUGUGAAAUGAGAAAAAGUUUUUAAUAAUGUUGACAAAAUAUUACUUUAUUUAUAUUUCAUUGCAAUAUUACUAGAAAUGUCACAUUCCAAAGAGUGUUUGUUGUAUUGACAUAUUCAAUUUGUCAUCGGCCAAUGGUUAAUAUUGUUUCGGUAAAUUUUCUAGGUUAGUCAAGAAUGGAAUUGUAUUAUGGAACAUAUUACAUUCAUGUAUUGCACGCUAGCAUUCAUUGAAGGUUAUUGGCCAAAAACAAUUGUAUAUAUGGCAGAAUGUUUUUUAUUUUAUCAAACAAGUAGAACAUAAUAAUAAAAUCUGGAAAGUAGAUUGGAAGCACCGAGAACAAACAUUGAAAAUUGCAGACUCGGUUUGAUUGAGUCUGAUCAUGGCAGUAAUGAAAAAUAAGUAGUAUAUGGUUAAUCAUAUAUAUACAGAUGAUUACUUAAUGAUUUUGACUUGGGAGGAAGGACUGUUUGUUAUAUUCUAUAAAAUAAAUGAAUUAAAGGUCUUUUCAUAUAAUAUGAAAGAUGGUGAAAAUGACAAAUGAAGAAGAAUACGCUGACAGGGGUGUAGAACUGAUCUUGCAAUAAGUCUUCACUUUGAACAGGUAAUAGAGUGUUUUGAUUGUUGAACGUUGUUUAAUACGGUGUAAACGUUUUCAUUGAUGUGUUACCCUGCUUAACACAUAAAAGUUUAUAUUCUUGAAUAAUCUUUGCUCCAUUUAUAUGAAAUACAAAUGUAUUGUUUUGUCAAUAAACUGAUAUCUAUUGCUAAUUCAUGUAUGUCAUAAUAAAGACUUCA